GUGUAUCUAUUUAUGUUGUUAUAGUUUUGGCCUGAUUUCAACAGCAUUACAAAAUGUGAAAUUUAUAAAAUAUGUUCAAGCUGGUACGAACGAGAAAGUUAUGUGAUGCUCAACGGAUGUGAAAUGAAAAUAAGAUUAAUAAAAAAAAAAAGAUGAGCAACAGAAUUCUGACGGUGCAGUUAGAUGCAGAAAUAUCUGUGAAAACCAUCUUUCACUCUCAGCAACAGGCUACACUCCCCCCUUUGCCUUUUGUUUCCGAGGUGGAGCCUGAUACCCCGACUUCUCCAAACUGAACUGCCGGUGAAGCAGACGGACAAGAUAGAAUUGGGACCAGCAGUCGGUGGCAAAGAUCUGGGACGCAGUAGAUCGGGGAGAGACCAUAGAGGCGGCUGCGAGGAAGAAGAAGGAUUUUGUGGAGCGCUUCGUACGGUUUAAUAAUUCCACAAACCGGCUACACACGGCAGAGCUUCCAGAAAGAUGAAUUCUUUCAUCCUGCUGUCGCUUUUUGCCACGGUUAUCGCCGGAAAGUCACCUCGGCUGAAAUUUGUUGUGCACGAGCCAUCCAGGUUCCACUUCAACAAACCUGAGAACUACAUCAGCAUGUACCACCAGGAAGGGAGCGACAUGCUGUAUGUGGGCGGCCAGGCAAUGGUCUAUGUGUUGACGUUCACUAACAGAGGGGUCCGCGACCUUCAGAUCCCAGCGGCAUCCGAUCAGACUGCAAUUGAUACCUGCAAGGCCAAGGCUGCACCACUGGAGCUGGAGUGUGAUAAUUUCAUUACCGUCAUUCAGAAAGUAAAUGACACAAUCAUAGUAUGUGGGACAAAUGCUGGAAGCCCCAGGUGCUGGAUGCUGGUAAAUGAGACUGUGCUGACUGACGUCCAGGGCAGCGGGCAGAUAGCGUCAGCCUCUGACAUCUCACCACCCUACCCUUCCCAGAGGUCCAUCAGCUUGCCUGCAGAUGGGAGUCUGUAUUCUGCUAUGUCAUCGGUGACCGGUCAUGCUGGCUCGAUCCGGCGUACGUUUGGCUCCCAGAAACUCCUGAAGACGGAGAACAUUUGGCUGCUGAAUCCACAGUUUGCCGGUGCAGCCAUAAUCCCGUCUUCACAAAAGUUCAAGGAGGAGAUCUACUUCUUCUUCACUGAGAUCAACAAGACAGCCAGAGUGGACGAGGAGCCUUACAGGGCCCGCAUUGGCCGAAUCUGCACGGUGGAUGAAGGGGGCAUCAAAGCCCUGCUGGCAGACUCAUGGACCACCUUCAUGAAGGCCCGGGUGAUGUGCGGUGCAGGAAACACUCAGCAGCAGUACAACAACAUGAAGCAGGCGGUGGUGCUGACAGCGCAGGACAAGAGAGCCGGGGUCAUGUAUGGCCUGUUUUCCAACGCAUGGGGCAGAACAGUCAUCUGUGCUUACUCCAUCGAAGAUAUUGACCAGGCUUUCUCCACAUCUAAACUGAAGGGCUACAGCAGUCCAUUCAUUGGCAGUCGCCCAGGGAUGUGUGUCCGCAAAAACUCGACAGCAGGAGGUCACAACGACAUCAAGAACCUGGGGGUGAUCAGAUACCACCCAGAAAUUGAGGAUGUGAUCCGGCCUGUUGGUGUGGCUCCACUUGACCUGCCCACAGAUGACCAAAUCACACACACUGUGGCGGACAUUGUCCUGGCGGUCAACGAUGAGCACUACAGCGUCCUGUACCUUGGAACAGAACAAGGAAAAGUUCUCAAAGUUCUUCACACCAGCGAGGGGGUCUUCAUCAUAUCUCAGUACUCUCUGUUUCACAAUGAGGGCCCUGUUCUAAACAUGGCCAUCGACUCCCAAAAGGGACACCUGUAUGUUGGUACAGCGAUGGAGGUCCAGCGACUGCCGCUGGCUGACUGCGGUCGCUAUGGCGACACAUGCAGGGAGUGCAUCCUUUCCCGGGAUCCAUACUGCGGCUGGGACAGGGCCAGGAGGAAGUGCGUCGCCAUCCCGCCUGGAUACAACGUCACAUCUGGGACACUCGUUCAGAAUCUGGACCAUUCGAACUCCUCGGUUUGUGGGGAAGCUGCUGCUCUGAAGCAGCGUCGAACUUCCCCCAGAGAAGUUUUGGUGCAGUCCAACACCUCUGUCUUUCUCCCUUGCCCUGUGCGCUCCUUCCAUGCCACUUACCGCUGGGAGAAGGACAACUGUGUCAAGAACUAUCCCUGCCUCUUCUCCGGGGACUUCUGUGUCCUGGGGCCGGUUGUUGACACGCCCCUGAAGGAAGGUGUCUUCCGCUGCAUGGCCACUGAGGACGGAUUCAAGGUGGAGGUUAUCUCCUUCAGGCUGGUGAACAACGGCAGGCUCCUGGCCGCCUCCCUGGCCUCCACCUUGGGGCCGUCGCUCCUCCUUGCCGUGGCUACGAUGUGGCUCCAUUAACUGCAGCUAACGCUAAUGCUAACCCCUCAUCCUUACUGACUCCCAAUGACAGGAAAGACAAGGAGCCGCUAUUAGGAGGUGAGGUUCGCAGAGCACUGAAGUACAUGGUUGGGUUGGACGGUGAAAAUUCACCUUUUUCCAAAUCAGUUUAUAGGGAAAGAUUCCAGAAAAUGUAAGUUGAAUGAGGGAUUAUAUUCUGUAUUUUUAGAACAUAUCUGCAGCUGCAGCUGUUAAGAUCAGAAGUGGAAAAUACAUACAUUAACGUCUUGCGAGUACGAUCUAGAUUCAACCAUACUUAGCUGCUUUGCGAACCUUUCCUCUCUGACUCAAAAAGAUAAACAUAUCGUAUGAGUUGGGCAAAAAAACACCAAUACCAGGCCAAUUCUUUUUACCAUUUCUCGACUUAUUUUGAAAUUGACUUGAUUGUGCUUAUUUGUGAAUAUAUAAACCUUUAAUACCGCUCUCACAUCUAUUCUUUCAUCUUGUUAAACGACAUUGGUAUAGCUCAUUAGUACUUAGAAAAAUGUCUGGUAUUGAGAUUUAAAAAGCCUUAACACUUCUGGGACAUAAACUCCUAAGCACAAUUUUGCAGUCAUAGCAGAAUACUGCAGACUCAGUUGGACUUGGCGCUAUAAUUAGUGCAGCUGAGUCUAACAACAUCGUUGGGAGGAAGCGUCAGCUUUUUGACAGGAAGUAGGCGGAUGGGCAAGAGCUCAUUCUCGAACAUCACUGUGUCUCAGCAUCUCCUCCUCAGACGAGGCAGUUUCUUGCAUCUUUUUAUCAGAUGGUAUCAGACAUCGUUAUUACGCCUUGUUCACAGCUUUGUCCGUUGUUUUUCUUUAUACAUGCCAUUGUCUUUCCUCCUCCCCAGAGCAUCAGAAACAAAACACUCGCUCUUACAUGAUGUGAAAAACACAUCGCCUACAGUUCCUUUGGAAAAAAGUUACUUAAUGUUAGCAUUACGGAGUAAACCACCCUCAGAAUCUUUCAACGGGAAAAUCUUAAUUAUAAACCAUUAAAUAAUUAAAUUUAUCUCCAUCAAUCAACGUGAAAGGUUAAAUUCUGGAUAUCUUAAUUUAUUGUGGAGAGACGGUGGUUGCAAGUUAUGUGAAACAGCAGUGACCUUUUUUGUUAAUUCUGGUAUGUUGGCGGCAUGUCAUUAGUGCAAAAUCCCAAGUGUCCAUCAGUUUUUAGAAAACGGAGCGGACAUCGACAAAGUGGAGCUAAUCUGCUGCAAAUGACAUCCAAUUUCUGUCAACCCGACAAUGCGUAAAGAUGUGAACAAGGUGUUAUGCUCUAGCAAUUUCAAUAAACACAUACUUACAUUAUCAUAAGGGCAGAUGAAGCUAAAUGGAACUGCAUAUUAGGCUUGCAUUUUAUAGUUUACUAGGAGAAAAAAAGGCUUGUACUUAAAUCCGUGAAGUAUGUUCUGUAUUUUAUUGCUCUGCAGAUGCUGAUUUCUACCAUGGCUGCCUACGUAUGUGACACUUUGUCUUGAUCGUUUGGGUUUCUAUGCCCUAUUUAGAAUGUGAUAAGUAACCAUUGACUGCUUUGCCUCUUUCCCCAGGGACAAAUAGACAAGAUUGUUUUUCAUACUUGUAUCUCUAUGCUGUGAAACAAAAGGCUUGACAGAUUCCAAUAAGAUGCUUCACUGAUGUACAGCAGCAACCACAAUUUGCGGUGAGAGUAGUGGCUUUAAGAUUUACCAUCACACUACAUCUGCAGCAUCAUCCUCUAACCUCUCUUCUAAUAACACAAAAUGUAUUAAGACAAAGAAGGUAGAUUAAAGCUGAAUGUAAAAAGAAAUUAGAGUGAAUGUAGCUGCAGUUCAACGGCACUGAAUUGCCAAAAAUUAAUGCCAAACCUUAUGAAUACUGAUCAGCUGAUUGAAGAAGUAGGCUUGUGCAGUGGUGAAUUAUUCAGCAGAUUAACAUGUUCUCCAGAGCUUUGAGAAUUACCAUUCAGUAAUGUUACAUAAAUCUGGCCGUGCCGAGCAUUCCACUGUGGCAGCCAUGUCAUUAAUAGCUAAUUAGACAAUGGAGCCGGCUCGUCAUGCACCAUAUUAAAGAUUUUAUUUUACAUCGUCAGGGAUAUGAGCAGCGAGCAUGUUCUCAGCUGUGAAAAUCGUGAGGUAGUGUCAUGUUUCUCACUCAGCUCAGUUGUGUGUUGCUGCUCAGGGAUCUGCUUGCUUUCUGCAUUGCACUGACGCGGGCUACUGACUGUGCCAAAAAAAGAAAAAAACAAAGCUAUGUUGAGCCACCUCAUCCGCCCAAUGCUUAUUGCUUCUUCUUAUGUUCGUUUGCAAAAUCCCUCGCUCCUUACCUCGCAUAACAUUUUGUCCGAGACAAACCCUGAGCAUGUGUACAACAUCGGUCUUCCCCACAACCAAACUCACAAACACAAACCUACUGUAGGUCUAACAUGAAUAUUAAUCGCCUGCAAGUCUUUGUGUUGACACCAGUGUGGCAAAUUAACACAAGCCACCAGCCAAGUGCUGCUAAACAUUUAGUAGAGGCUGUUCCAUGCUCCAGAGACUUUUGACAGGGAACUAACUCAAUGUACACAUAUGUGCUCAAGGCAUGUUCCUGUAUAACCUCCUGUAUAACUGUAACUGCUGUAUAUGUGUCGUGAUUUGACUCAGAAAGCUGUUAUUACAAGCCACUAUGAGAGGCCUAUGCUAUCCAAUGCUAAUUAGGCAAAUGAACCUGGUAUCAUAAGCUUCUUCACUGUGUCCCAAGUCCAUACAAACCCACUGUAUGUUUAAGUUUUCCUAAUAUUUAAUAAUUUGUUGUUUUUUUUUCCUUAUCUGAAUCGAGGGUCUAAGGAUGGAGGGUGUUGUAUGCUGUACAGAUUGUGAAGCCCCUUGAGGCAAAUUUGUGGUUUGUGAUAUUGGGCUGUUUAAAUAAAACUGACAUGACUGACUUGACUCUAGGUAGCAAAAGUGGAAGUAGUAUGACAACAGUACCGCUGCAAAAUCAAUAAGAUAACAGGUUGCAGUGGGUAGUUGGUGGAUGCCGUACAAAGCAUGUGACUUUGAGAUGGGGGACCAUGGUUCACGUCUCAAGUAUGAGCAUCGGAAUAUUCAGAUGUUAAAUAUACGUAGAAUGGUCCCUUCCAAAAUGUGUUAAAUAUUUGAAUAUAAUAAGCAGUAUUUGAAUUGCUGGUCCAGGUGGAGUUGUGUCUGACUGUUGUGGUCACAUGAAAACAUUGUAUCUCCCAGGUUGGACUCCAGCAUUUGGAGAUUUUUUUUUCUGUCAGUUCAAGAAUCGCUUGAAAACAAUUGCUAUUGUCAAAAAUGGCUCAUCAGUUAAAACAAAAAAGUGUGUCUGUUUGUUUUCCGAAAACUCUUUUGCAAUAAAAGAUUUGUCCAAAUCAUAACCUGCAAAGAAACUGGCAAUUACAGCCAUCAGAUACAUGCAGUGGAGUGAAAUGUAUAAUAUUUCUCUGAAAUUUAGUGGAGGAAAAGUAGAAAGUCCCUCGAAAAGGAAAACUAUAAAUAAGGGCAUUAUGUCAUUAAAUGUACUCACAGUACUUCAGUCUACCAUUUUUGGGAAGUUAAGUACACAAAAAAGUAAAUCUGCAUUUGCAAAAAUAAUACAAUGCACCAAUGGAUGUCAAAACUACUCCUAAUGUCAAAUUUGAAAACUUCGAAUACAUUCACAUUUACAUGUAUUCGUUUGACGCUUUUGUCCAAAGCGACAUAUUGUACAAAUGAGGUAAAAUCCAAGCCACAGUACAUCAAGGAGAAGCCUUUUGAGAAUAAGUACCACAACUGAGAGAAAUAUUAUGAUUACUACGAUAUGAGUAUUAUAUUUUGAGGAUUUACUGCUGACACGGGAAUCUAUUUUAUCUUUAAAUUCUUUAUUAACCUUAUUGAAUUCAAUUUUUAUAAAAUGUUUUACUUUUUUUCAGCUGUUAAUAGCCAGCACGUUCUCAUUCCCAGGGUGUCAAAUACUGACGUUUUGUCACGCCCCUCGGUGUUGUGUACAGACGCACAAGGUACCCUUUAGCGUUUGUAUGGGACGCACAGGGCUGCCAGAAAGCCUUAAGGAAGUCAGGUGAUGUCGUAUAACGAGCGACAUAAAGAGCGAGAAAGUCUGCCUGUGGAGGAGGUGGGGUGGAUGGAUUGGUCAAACAAACACAAGCCUUUCACCCAGGAGACCAGGGUUCAUCAGCCCCGUGUGAAAGCAAAAGUUAACAUUGAGUUAUUAAAAGUAUUAAGUUACAUUACAAGUCAUUUACCUCACGUGGCUUCCUACUACCUAACCAAGUAGUUUUGUUGCCUAAACCCAUGGAUGUAUUAUUAGAACUGGAUGCUGGACCCCAUAGUGGCGCCUAUUCAUUCCAAUGAGAAAUGCUCGCCUGGCGCUUAUAUCAAAAACGUUUUCUAGCUUCUAGGUUUUUCUUCCGGGUGUGCGGCCCACUGAAUAUGCGCAGUAGUGGCCCCGCCCAUGAGUUGCCGCUCGGAAUGGCUUUUCUCAGCUCAAGGAAAGUUUUACAAAUAUAAAACCUUCAUGGAUCAAAAUUCAUAGUAUAAAGACUCAUAAUUGACCUUGUUUGCAGUUUGAGGUGUCCUGUCAACAGUUUUACAGACAUCUCUUUUAUAAUGGUGGCCUAUGGGAAAAAAAAUGUUUUGGGAAUUUUUCGUUGCAAGGCUGAACGGAGGCACCAUAGCCAGUUCUUAUUAUACAUCCAUGCCUAAACCUAACCAACACGUGUACGUCACUUACGUCAUAUGACUUCCUACAGACGCUAAAGGGUACCAUGGGAUACGUCUGUAUACAAUGCUGAGGGAUGUGACAAAACGUCAGUGUCUGACACCCUGGGAAUGAGAACGGGUUGUAAUAGCUCCUCCAUCUCAGUUGUUUGUUGUGCAACUGUAGUGUCCAUCAACACUACACUCAAAAACCAAGUGAUUCUUCCCUGCAUGCUAGCAUUUUGAGGUGUAUUUUUGCCAUUGUACAUUUUUCCAGAACAUACUAAAACACAACAGAUCUGGGAUAUAGAGUGGAUUUGGAAUGUUGGUUUGUUUUCUCACCAGGAGAGAGGACCUUGUGUCAUUUACCCUCUUCAUGAGGAGCAGCACUGGCCCUCAGGCAGGUGGAAUCAGACCUUCAUCAUUCAGCACCCAAUCGUCAUCUUCAACUUGACAAGGCUUUGCUUUAAUAUCCACACUUUUCCGGCUAAUGCGUGUAAUUAAUAUUUAUAGCAUUUAACAACACUUGACAUCUUCAAACCACAUUUCCUCUGUGUUCAAGUCCUUGGUUUGAUAUGGAUAUUCACACAGCUGCUUUAUUGAAAUUCAGUUAUCGCUCACUCACAUCUGUCAUCGUAAGCCAGUCCAAUAAAGGCUAAUCUUCAAAGCAAGCUCUUGAUUUGCAUUCAGGAAAUCAUUUUAGUGGAUCAUGCUAUCUGCUGUAGACGAAUCGACUUUGAGUGAAGCGGGUCGCUGUUUUGUUUGCUCUGGGGUUUUGAGUGUCAAAUACUGUAUAUGAUGUGUGCCCAUGAUUCUGUGUCUUGAUAUAUCUAAUUUUAAAAGUAACAUGCCAAACUAUAAUUAAAUAAGGAGAUUUAUAUUGGUGCCAUGCCAGUCCAAUGCCAUCUCAUAACAUGUAUUUUUAAAACAGAUAUCUAGUACAAUAGAUAUUCAUGUAACAAAUCCAUAUUGACAUGUGUUUCCUUGAACAUGUGCAGUGAAACUUAAUAAAAUAUAAGUAUCAAAAAGUA